UGUGUGUGUAUGUGAGGAUAGGAAGGGCGGCUAGAUAAUACUAUCCUCCUCCCUGGAUGGAACUGUGUGGAGGCUGCUUCUCUCCCCAUCCCUCCACUGUCUCAGAGAUGAUGAAGGCUCGACACUUCGGCAGGAGAUUCUCCCUACAGGCCUCACCUGUAAGCACAGAGGACUCGGCAAGAGGCAGCUCUGCAGGAAGAAGAGGAGCAGCUGCAGCAGGAGUAGCUGCAGCAGGAGCAGCAGCAGGUGGGAACCAGAGUGUGGGUACAGCGUGUGAAAGAGAGGAACAGCAAGAUGAUCAACAGCGAAGGUACAAGGUGGUGAUCAUGGGUGCUGCUAAAGUGGGCAAGACAGCCAUUAUUAACCAGUUCCUGUACGACACCUUCACUUCCAAGUACACCAGGACGGUGGAGGAGAUGCAUCAUGGAGAGUACGAGGUAUCCGGCAUUUCCCUGACGCUGGACAUUCUGGACACGUCAGGAUCGUAUGAGUUCCCAGCCAUGAGGGAACUGUCAGUCAACACUGCUGACGCCUUCAUCCUAGUCUACUCCAUCACUGAUGCUGCAUCCUUCGAGGAAGUACGACAUCUACGAGAGUUCAUUCUACAGACCAAGAAGGAGGCAGUGCCCAUCGUGGUGGUGGGCAACAAGGCGGACCUCGAAGACCAGCGAGUGGUGCCUCUGGAGACCGCGGAGACCACGGUCUUGGUGAAGUGGGAGAACGGUUUCCUGGAGUCUAGCGCGAAGGAUAACCUCAAUGUCCUUCACAUCUUCAAGGAGCUCUUGAACCAGGCCAAAAUUAGAUACGCGCUGAGUCCUGCAGUCAAGAGGAGGCGGCAGUCGAUGCCCAAUGUGGGUCUGCAGAUCACCCCGGCACAGCUCUCACAUCUCAGACAUAUUAAACAGAAGAGCAGUGGCAAACGCAACUCAUGCAGUAUUUCUUAAACCCGACCAUAAAUGUUACUGCUGCAGUAUUUCUUCUACCCGACCAUGAACGCAACUCCUGCAUAUUUCUUAUACCCGACCAUGAAUGCUACACCUUCUCUAUCAAGCGAAAGCUGCCUAACUUCGGGACUUACAGGAAGAUAAAAAAGCUAGUAUAAUUUGUAGAAAAGGUCAAUUAUCUACAGAUAUAUUCAAGAUGGAGGAUAAAUUGCUAUUGUCAGCCAUGUUUUGUAGCCUUGACAAUAAAAUGAAAAUGUCGACAGAAAAGAUUUUCUUAAAGCAGUGGAGUGACUUCAAGACUCAAUCUUCGUGUUGUGGAUCUGAAGGUUCACUGUGUGUUGAAGAACUCUUUAACAUAGAUUAAGCCUAAGAUAUGACCUAAUCUAUGGUGACUGGGACAACCGGGGGUGGAAGGAUCCUACCACCUUCUGUGGCAGGAACCUACCACCUUCGGUGGAAGGUACCUACCACUUUUGGUGGAAGGUUCCUACCAUGAUAACGUCAUGGCGUUGCCCGGGAUCAGUGCUAUGAAGACCCCGAUACUAAUCAUGUACCAGGACCCCUCAUACCAAACGUGUACCAGCCUGAGAAACUUACCACGUACCCAGGAAUCUUGCUAAUGGUAACGUAAUAAGCAAAACAUAACGAACAUUGAGUGACUCCUGGUUUAUAUACAUCAAAGAAAUGUUACCAAUAAAUAGCAAGCGAACCAAAAGAUAGACAUGAAAUCUAGAUAUAAAUGACUGAAACAUUUCGUUUCUAGCAAGUGCUAAGAAAAAUAGGAAAUAAAGCACGAGAGUUAUAUUAGGUUUGUCAGGAAACGGGACAAGUGUUUCCUGACGCAAGUCUUAGUCGUGUUAGGUAAAAAACACUGGUGUCCUUUUACAUAACAUAUUGUUGGUAAUUCUACCAACAUUAUCACGGUUUUAGUCAUGAUGAUGACCCUCACUUGAAGCUUUUAGUCAUCAGACCGAAGCCUUCCUCUGGCUUCCCCUUCCACCCAUUCAAAAACUAUGGUUAUGAUAACCAUUAGUGUUCCAGCACUGGAAUGUCCUUCCUCAGCCCUGACAGGAGGAAUGAUAUAUCUGUUGCUGGAGUCGGGGAAAAAGACAGAGAAAGUAAUGGCUUUCCUCUGGCACCAGACGUUAUUUGAGGGAGUUAUUGGUUAAUAGCGGGGAUUUAUAGCGAUACUUAAAGUGUAAUUUGACGAUAGACGUAUAUGAAAAAGAAAAUUUGUAAUGACAUUUAUUCGACGCUUCUGGGAAAUAUACAGCAAUAUAUUUCUUAAUGGAAAAUGUGGGCAGCAAAAUUACUGAAACCUGUAAAUAACAGGAGAGUGACUUGUGUGUAAACAACAGGAGAGUGACUUGUGUGUAAACAACAGGAGAGUGACUUGUGUGUAAACAACAGGAGAGUGACUUACGUGUGUAAACAACAGGAGAGUGAAUUACGUGUGUAAACAACAGGAGAGUGACUUACGUGUGUAAACAACAGGAGAGUGACUUACGUGUGUAAACAACAGGAGAGUGACUUACGCGUGUAAACAACAGGAGAGUGACUUACGUGUGUAAACAACAGGAGAGUGACUUACGUGUGUAAACAACAGGAGAGUGACUUACGCGUGUAAGAAAAAAACAAGAGGAAUGACUUAGGUGGAUUUGCGUAAAUAAAUUAUGAUCUGCCAAAGAUUUCAUGAAUAAAUCUCUCAAUAUUUCAACUAGGCUACCACCCAUCAUCCAGUUUAAAAUACUCUCAAAAUUUAUUUUGGGCACAACUGCUGAAUUCAUAAUGGUAUUUUUCACGUGACCAUUUUUUUUUUUUUCAAAAAAAUAAAAAGCAUUGUGACGUACAAGUGGGAAAAUUCAACGGAAAAAUAUCCAAUAUACAUUUGAAUAUUUUUUUCAGAUUCUUCAAACUUCAAACGGAAUGUAAACAGAUGGUAAUCUAAGCUUUUGGGGACUACCUGACAGCUUGAGCUGAAAGCUUUAGUUAUAACUGUCUGGAAAUUGUGAAACAGAGUCAGGGUUGAACUAGGCUUGAGUUUGUUGAACCAGGCUUCAUCUCUAAUUCUAAUUGUAUGACCCAUCUUCGUCUCUAAUUCUAUGACCAGUCAUCCUCUCUCAUGCAGGCUUAGCGCUUAGUAUUUAAUAUAAUAAUUAUGCUCUCUAAUUCUAAAUAUUCUCCAUCUCCAUUUCUAAAUAUUCCCCGUCUCUAAUUCUAAAUAUUUCCCUUAGCAAGAAGUGUUUUCAAAAGCCCAUGCAAAAAACCUAAGCAUUUAGGUAAGAUUUCAUUUAGAUUAUGCUGCUCAGUUCUGAUCUCUGUAUUACAAAAUGGGUAUAAAUGCGCUAUAAAUAGGAUGAGUAUAAAUGCGCUGUAAAAAUGAUGACGAAGUUGAUUCCAUGUCGGAAAUCUUUCCUAUAGGCUGAAGGCAAUGGCCUCUCCUCCUCUGGAAAGACAUGAAAAUAGGCUGAAGGCAAUGGCCUCUCCUCCUCUGGAAAGACAUGAAAAUAGGCUAAAGGCAAUGGCCUCUCCUCCUCUGGAAAGACAUGAAAAUAGGCUGAAGGCAAUGGCCUCUCCUCCUCUGGAAAGACAUGAAAAUAGGCUGAAGGCAAUGGCCUCUCCUCUUCUGGAAAGACAUGGAGAUAGGCUGAAGGCAAUGGCCUCUCCUCUUCUGGAAAGACAUGGAGAUAGGCUGAAGGCAAUGGCCUCUCUUCCUCUGGAAAGACAUGGAGAUAGGCUGAAGGCAAUGGCCUCUCUUCCUCUGGAAAGACAUGGAGGCGAUAUAUGAUUGAAGUGUACAAAUGAAAAACAUUUUUGAAAGUAUUUAACCAAGGCAGGACUCGUAGCAAUGGAUUCGAGUAGGACAAAUCUAGAUUUGGAAAGGAAUUAGGGAAGCACUGGGUUGGCAAUAGAGUUGUAGAUGAGUGAAACGAACUCCAGGUAGCGCCGUUGACGCAAGGUCUUUGGGUAGCUUUAAAUAUAGGUUGGACCUGCUUUGCAUGGGCCAGUAGGCCUACUGCAGUGUCCUUCGUUAUUGUAUUCACGUUUGUAAACCAGAUGAUGGGGCUACCAAUGAUGCGUUGGUAUCCCCAAGCACACUAUAUAAGCUUAAUGGGGCUACCAAUGAUGCGCUGAUAUCCCUAAACACACUAUGUAAACUGAAUACCGCUACGAAUGCAAUGUUGGUAUCCUCACACUGUGUAAACUGGAUGGGGUACCAAUGCAGUGUUAGUAUCCCUACACACUGUGUAAGCUGGAUGGGGUACCAAUGCAGUGUUAGUAUCCCUACACACUGUGUAAACUGGAUGGGGUACCAAUGCAGUGUUAGUAUCCCUGCACACUGUGUAAGCUGGAUGGGGUACCAAUGCAGUGUUAGUAUCCCUACACACUGUGUAAACUGGAUGGGGUACCAAUGCAGUGUUAGUAUCCCUACACACUGUGUAAGCUGGAUGGGGUACCAAUGCAGUGUUGGUAUACCCACACACUGUAAGAUGGACGGGGUACCAAUGCAGUGUUGGUAUCCCCACACACACUGUGUAAGCUGACCGGGGGUACCAAUGCAGUGUUGGUAUCCCAACACUAAGCUGGAUGGGAAUACCAAUGUAAGCGUUAUCCCCUUACAGUGUAAGCUGGAUGGAGUACCAGUGCAGUGUUGGUAUCCACAGUGUAAGCUGGUUAGGUCUACCACUAGACUACUUUCUUCAUUUUCGGCUUCAGCUUUGAACUUCGGCAGGUUUCCUAUGAGAAAUAUAUCACAGAUCUUUAUAGUUUUCCUCCUAUAAUGUCUUUUUCAUUCCAUCCGCCUUUAAACGCUAUCGAUUUCCAAAAAAUUCUGAAGCAAUAGUCACGUGUUGAGAGUAACAAACAUGCCUUCACACGCCUCCUCUAACAGCCUAUCAGACUCCAGCUAUAGGAAUAAAUACAACCUGAUUGGCUGAUUGAGGAGGCUUAUAUGAUAUUCCCGAACACUGUAACAGCCUAUCAGAAUUCAACUUUGGGAAAAAAAUAGUUUGAUUGGCUGAUGCAGAGGUUUGUAUGAUAGUCCUGAAUAUUAACAACCUAUCAAAAUAAGCUUUGAGAAUAAAUGCAAUCUGAUUGGCUGGUGCAGCAGAGACUUGUAUGAGUCCCGAAAACUGUAACAGCCAAUCAGAAUCCAGUUUUGGGAAUAACUACAACCUGAUUGGCUGAUUGAGAAGACUUUUAUGAUAUUCCCGAACACUGUAACAGCCUAUCAGAACCCAGCCUUGGGAAUAAAUACAACCAGAUUGGCUGCUGCAGAGGCUUGUAUGAUAUUUUCAAACACUAGCAUUACUACUAGACAUUCAUAGGAUCAAAGGAGACGUAAUGUCAUGCACAUUCCGGCCGACAUUUUCAUUUCAUGCAAACGAGGCUUCUCAUGCAAAAUCUUUUCUCAACAAACAUUAAAAGCGAAUGUUUUAAAUUCAAUAAAAAACUA